AUGGCCGAUGUAGCGGAUGCCGUGCCAACACGGCGGGUGCGCAACACGGUGCUGGCCCGCACCAGGGUCGAUGUUCCCGGCGGCGUGCUGCUCAUCGACCGUCGCGAGCGCCGUGUGAUUUCUAACCUUGAUGAGGUUCGCGGAGCCCUGGCAAGGCUUCCGAAGGGCGCCGAG